CUAUUGCUUCUUUGUAUUAUGCUUUUUUACAGAGAUCAAACAUGAUGGAAAUGAGAGUAAACCAAAACUGGACCAAGGGAAACACUUCUGUUUGUUAUGAUCAUCAUCCUAACUCUUGUGAAAAGUUCACCUAUUCACUGGUUGUGAGAGUUGCUGCAUAUUUUGUCAUUGGUGUCAUUGUGCUUCUUACAUUAUGUGGAAACCUUAUGGUCAUCAUAGCCAUAACUCAUUUCAAGCAGCUUCACACACCAACAAAUUACCUGACUCUCUCUCUGGCUGUAGCUGAUCUGCUUGUAGGAGGGAUGGUGAUGCCUCCUAGCAUGCUACGCUCUGUGGAGACUUGCUGGUACUUGGGGAGUUUAUUUUGUAAAAUUCACAGCAGUCUUGAUAUAACACUCAGCACUGCCUCCGUUUUAAAUCUUGUGUUUAUCUCAAUUGAACGCUACUAUGCAGUCUGUCACCCACUUCUGUAUCACAGUAAAAUGACUCCAUUUACUACUCUGGUAAUGAUCACUGUGUGUUGGAUUGUGGCUGCUGCUGUGGGAAUUGUAUGUCCUGUGCUAAAUGUUCUGGGUAUAGAAGCAUACAGCGAUCUUUUAUGUGAGGGAAGUUGUGCGGUGGUUGUCGGCCCCAUGGCAAGUUUGUCAGUUUCGAUGUUCUCUUUGUACCUCCCAACAAUAAUCAUGUUAAGUAUUUAUCUUAAAAUAUAUCUUGUUGCACAGAAGCAAUCACGGAAAGUUGUCCACACACUUUCUCAAGUGAACACAUCCAGAGGACAGUCCACUAAUAGAAAGAUAGACAGAAAAGCAACUAAAACAUUAGCCUUUGUAAUGGGAGCAUUUCUGUCAUUUUGGGCACCAUUUUCUAUCUACAAUUUUAUUUUGACUGUUUUCCGGUGCGAUGCUGUGCCACAACUGUUUGAUGCGCUUGGUUGGAUUGGUUAUUCAAGUUCAGCUUGCAAUCCUAUUGUGUAUGCUUUCUUCUACAGGUGGUUUAGAAAAGCCCUCAGAACUAUUUUACUAGGUAAAAUAUUUUUAAAUAAUUCCUCAAGAAUCAACUUGUGUUAAUAGAAGAAUAACAAAAUAAAAAACUGCUAACUAUUUCCAAUGCAGAACUGCACAU